UGUCGGCGAGAAUGGUCCGUGGGAUCAAGUGCCACAAAUUUUAACCAAAUCAAAUCAGACGUCAUAUCAGGUCACCGCCCUGAUACCUUUCACCGUUUAUAGCUUUCGUCUGCUGGCGGUGAAUAAAUUGGGUAUCAGCACACCGUCCAAGGAAUCCUACUAUAUUGUUACGUUGCGGGAGGCACCGACCGGCAAGCCGAUACCAACGACCGCCCACAACACCUCAUCCACCUCCGUGUAUAUAUCGUGGAAGCCACCGCCUGCCGAUACAAUACUCGGCGAGUUUCUCGGUUAUCGCAUAACAUACAGGCCAAGAGAUCGAAACGACACCAAGGAGAUUUAUAUACGUGACAGCACCGUCGAGAGUCAUGAAAUAACAAAUCUGGAAACUUAUACGCAAUACAAAGUGACGGUACAAGUUUUCAACCCUGAGGGUCUGGGGCCCGAAACCACAAUAUUGGUUAUGACCGAUGAAGGAGUGCCAAGUAAACCAUUGAAUUUAACUGUUUUAAAUGUAACAUCGACCAGCAUCACCAUGUCAUGGUAUCCACCGAAGAAUCAAAAUGGCGCCAUUGCUGGCUAUCAUGUCUUUCAUAUACAUGAAAAUCAAACUGGCGUUGAAAUUAUGAAAAAUUCGCGAAACUCACAGGAUUCCAUCAUCAUAUUUGAGCUGCCCAAUUUAAAGCCAUUCACCGAUUACCGCGUUAUUGUGCAAGCGUUCACAAUGAAAAACGAAGGCAACCCCUCCGAUCAAAUAGUCCAACGCACCGAUGUCGCCGGUCCGAGUGCACCGUAUGUGGUUAACCUGACGUGUCAUGCAGAGAAUGCCAUCGCCAUACGUUGGCGGCGACCACACGAAUUUUACAACACCAUCGAUUUUUAUAUAAUUAAAACGCGUGUGGUGGGUCAGGACUCCCAUCGGGAUAUACGGAUCAAUGCGUCGGCAAAGGAAUUGGAAACGGCGAUGAUACUACAAAAUAUAACCACACAUACGGAAUAUGAAGUCAGAGUUGCAGCUGCUACAAUGAGCACCAUAAAUCAAGGGAAAAUGGUGCUGGGUAAAUUUUCCGAAUCGAGAAAGAUUUCCCUACACCCCAACUGUGAAAAGAUUCAACCACUCUUGCGACAAUCACAUAAUGACUAUAACUUGGCCGUCUUGGUUGGCAUCAUCUUCAGUUGUUUUGGCAUUGUACUCAUCGUGAUGGCCUUCUUCUUGUGGAGCAGGAAAUGCUUCCACGCCGCCUACUACUACUUAGACGACCCACCACAUCAUCCCAAUUUGCCACAAGUCGACUGGGAGGCACCCGUCGAGGUGGCCGGCGAAAUACGCGCUGCUGUGCCGGUCAAUGAAUUCGCCAAACAUGUGGCCUCGCUGCACGCUGACGGCGAUAUCGGCUUCAGUCGCGAAUAUGAGGCAAUACAAAAUGAAUCGAUCGAUGAUUUACCCUGCGAGCAUUCCCAACAUCCAGAGAAUAAGCGUAAAAAUCGCUAUCUCAACAUAACUGCCUACGAUCACAGUCGCGUGCAUUUGCAUCCCACACCCGGACAAAAGAAGAAUUUGGACUACAUCAAUGCCAAUUUCAUUGAUGGCUAUCAGAAAUCGCGUGCCUUCAUCGGUACGCAGGGACCACUGCCAGACACCUUCGAUUGCUUUUGGCGCAUGAUUUGGGAGCAGCGCGUGGCCAUCAUUGUGAUGAUUACCAAUUUGGUCGAACGUGGCCGUCGAAAAUGCGAUAUGUAUUGGCCAAAGGAUGGCGUUGAAACGUACGGAGUUAUACAAGUGAAGAUGGUCGAUGAGGAGGUGAUGUCCACUUAUACGGUGCGCACUCUGCAAAUCAAGCACCUCAAGUUAAAGAAAAAGAAGCAGUGUAACGCGGAGAAAAUUGUCUAUCAAUAUCACUACACAAAUUGGCCCGAUCACGGCACACCUGAUCAUCCACUGCCAGUGCUGGACUUUGUAAAGAAAUCCUCGGCUGCAAACCCCGACGAUGCGGGUCCGAUUGUGGUGCACUGCAGCGCCGGUGUUGGCCGCACAGGCACCUACAUCGUCUUAGAUGCCAUGUUGAAACAGAUACAACAGAAAUUAGUCGUUAAUGUAUUCGGUUUCUUACGACACAUACGCAUUCAACGUAAUUUCCUCGUACAAACCGAGGAGCAAUAUAUAUUCAUACACGAUGCACUCGUGGAAGCGAUCGCUUCGGGCGAAACAAAUUUACGUACCGAGCAAAUUGAAGAACGGAAAAACUGCACACCCUAUCUGGAGCAGCAGUAUAAAAAUAUUAUACAAUUCCAAACGAAAGACAUACACAUUGCAUCUGCGAUGAAGCAGGUGAAUUCGGUGAAGAAUCGUGGUGCCAUAUUCCCAAUCGAGAGUAGUCGUGUCCAUUUGACGCCCAAGCCGGGUGAGGAGGGCAGCGAUUAUAUAAAUGCGUCGUGGCUGCAUGGUUUUCGGCGCUUACGCGACUUUAUAGUCACACAGCAUCCAAUGUCGCACACCGUGAAAGACUUCUGGCAAAUGGUGUGGGAUCACAAUGCGCAGACAAUUGUAUUGCUGUCGUCGCUGGACGAAAUUAACUUCGCACAAUUUUGGCCCGACGACACGCAACCCAUCGAAAGCGAUUAUUAUCGCGUUAAAUUUCUACGUAAAACGAACAAAAGCGAUUAUGUUAGUCGUGAUUUUGUCAUUCAAUCGAUACAGGAUGAUUACGAGCUAAAUGUGAAAAUGCUGCAUUGCCCCAGUUGGCCAGAGAUGUCGAAUCCGAAAAGUAUUUACGAUUUCAUUGUCGAUGUGCAUGAGCGUUCCGCUGAUUAUCGCAACGGUCCAAUUGUCGUUGUGGAUAGAUAUGGCGGCGCCCAAGCAUGCACCUUCUGUGCCAUAUCAUCAUUGGCGAUGGAAAUGGAAUACUGCAGUACGGCGAGCAUUUACCAAUAUGCCAAAUUGUAUCACAACAAGCGGCCGGGCGUGUGGACCUCGAGCGAAGACAUACGCCUCAUUUAUAAUAUACUCUCGUUUUUGCCGCGCAAUCUCCAGCUGCUCGAACGUACGGCGUUGCGUACGGAAUUCGAGGAUGUGACAACGGCUACGCCGGAUCUCUACAGUAAAAUCUGUAGCAAUGGUAAUAUAAAUGCCCAACAAAAUUGUAAUAAUUUUUCAUAUCGAAAUAAUCAGCAAAAUAGUGGUAGCGUAAAUCAUAGUAAUAGUAUUAGUAAUACGGUUAAUCUGGUGAAUUCGAAUUCGAAUUCGAUUGCGAAUACGAAUGCGAAUACGAAUGCGAAUGGCAUCAACACCGCAAACAAUUAUAAUAAAAAUUUUAUAACAAAUACACAAACAACCACAACAACAACGACUGCUACUACACCAACUGAUGUUAGUGAUACAACAACAACAACCACUGAUACUACAACAAUGACACCAUCAAAAGAACCAUCACUACAACCAACAACAACAACAACAACAGCAACGCUCACACCCAAUUCUAGUGUAAAUAAUUUGAAAUAUCAACAAUCACAACAACAACAACAACAACAACAUCCACAAUAUGCAUCCCAACAAUCGCUUAAUCAAUCAAUUCAAUCACAAUCACCAACAACACCAACACCACCAAACCAGUAUACAUUUUCGCCAUCAAAAUCACAGAAUACUCCACCAUCAUCAACACCAUCAACAACAACAGCAACAACAACAACAACAAAUACAACACCAUUAAUAUCAGCUACACCAAUACAACCACCAUCACUGGCACCAUAUCCAAUUGCGAACGUUAGUGGGUUUAGACCAACAACAACAACAGCAACACCACCACCACUGGAUUUAAAUAAUUUGACGACAACAACAAAUGUCAACAACACCAACACCAACACCGCAACUAAUAAAUGUAAUGCUAAUUUAAUUGGUAAUGAAAAUUUUGCUAAUACUAAUACUAAUACUACUACUAAUGCCUACACUGCUACUAAUAAAACAGAUAACAAAAACAGCACAAACAAUCUCCACACUGUACCUUAUACCACCAAUAACAUCAACACCACUAACAACAUCCCCAACACCGAUUCCAUUUCCCAUAUUCCAUACACUGAAAAUUCUACAAUAACAAAAACAACAACCACCAUACCACCACUACCUAACUCCUCCAUUGCAACAAUUUCCACUAAUGGUGAACGGUUUUCUCUUGUAAAUAAUUUGGAACACCAACCACAACAACAUCAUCUGCACCAUAACCAACACGAACUAAAUCUACAACAACAACAACAACAACAACCAUUGUCGUCUUUGGCGGGCACUGUUGGCGAACUACAAAUGUAUGACAAUGAAACAACAAAAACAACAACAACAACGAAUGACAUCAACGAUUACUUACCGCCGCCGCCACCGCUCUUUGGAAAUGAUGCCAAUGCGUCUUCUAUACAACACAAUAAUCACCAUUAUCACCAACAACAACAACACCACCAUCACCACCACCACCACCACUUGGCACUUGCUAAUUUCGAAAAUUCGUCAAUGUGCUCAACACCCCAACCACCAACACCGUUAUGUGUGGAUGAUGCCAUCGAUGGUUUAACACCGUUAUUACCACCCGCCGCACCACCGCCACAAUAUGCCGCCACCAACAACUCGUAUGCAACAAACAACACAUUUUGCAACGUUGUUGAUAUUAACGCCACAACACCGUUAACAAAAUCCAACUCAAAUACUUCUUUAUCGUCGACAAAUGCAACGAUUAAUUAUAACGGUAAUGGUAAUGGUAAUGCCACUUUGCAUGAUAACGGUAAUGGUAAUGGUUUAUUGUAUGCUACUAAUACUAAUAUGAAACAAAAUACACCACUAUCAACAAAAACAACAAAACCAACAACAACAACUAUAAAUGUCAAUGCAAUUGCAACAACAACAAAAGCAGCGACUGUUACAGAUGCUCAAAGUUUAGAUAUUGUAGGUUAGAAUUAAUAAAAAAUUAAAAUUUAAAAAUAAAUAAAUUAUUAAGUAUAUAUAUACAUAUAUAUAUAUAUAUAUAUAUAUAUAUAUAAAUAUAAUAUUUAGUUUUUGUUAAGUACUAGUAGUUAAGAAGGAAAGAACGUGAAAUUUACAAACAUACAUAGACUAACAAAUUAUUUUUAUGCAAAAUAAAGAGAAAACAAACACAAAACAUUAAAACUAAUUAAAAAGUAUGAAAAAUGUAAGUGAAAAGCAAGUGUUCGCAAAGCCCCUAUUAAUUAUAUAAAUAAUUUUUUUAACUAUAAGGGAUGCUUACAACAGAUGCAUAAUUGAAAUAAACAUUAAAUAUUUAUUUUGAAAAAAUAUACAUUUAUUUUAUGUAUGUGUGAAAAUACAUAUAUAUUUUAAGAAGUCAGUGCUUGAUUUUAAGUGCAUGUGUGUAAGUUAAAAAUUUGUAUUUUGUUUUCCUUAUUUUAAAAAUAUUAAAUUUCCAAAUUUUAUGGUAUAUUUAUUAUAUAAUAUUUAAUUUAUUGUCUUAAUAAUAAUAAAAAAUAAAUAUCAUUGCAGUGAUCUAUUUUUAUUUACAAACCUAAAACGGUUUAUUUCAAGUUUGCCGCGAACUCUAAUAAAGCGUUUUAGUUUCUGUAAGCGUUAAUUUGUUUUUUUUUUAAUUUACAAAAUAUUUGCUUCUGCACAAACCAAUAAUCAAUGUAUUUGUAGCUACUUUUGUAAUUGUUAUAAUUAUUAUACAAUUUAAAUUAAUUAAAACACAAAAUCAUCUAUAUAAACAUAUAUAUAUGUAUAGCACAACAGUUACAUAAAAACGUGUGAAUUAAGUUUAAGUCUCACCAACAUUGUAUUACAAAAUAGUACUUUAUUAUUAUUCCACAUGCCUUCGUUCAUACCCGGUCUUAGUCUUAUGAGCGCAUGUAUACCGAGCAAAACAGUAAUAAAAUAAAAUAAAAAAAUUAAUAUAAUUUAUAUUAAAACAUCACAAGCGUUUCCAACGCGAUUCAUUGUAUAGUCAUAAUUCACAAAGAAAAAAA